AUGAUGCAGAGAAUACUGCAGCAGCAAAGCGACGAUGAUGAAUUCCAACAGCAGCAGCAGCAGCAGCAGCAGCUGUUGCUGCUGCAGCUGCAGCGCCAACGCCUUGCAGGAGAACACAGCAUGCAGCAGCAGCAGCAGCAGCAGCAGCAGCAGUUGCUGCUGCAGCUGCGGCAGCAGGAGCUGCAGCAGGAGAUGCAUUCUGUCUCAUGGGAAGACACAGAGGAGCUGCGAGGUGCAGCAGCAGCAGCAGCAGCAGCAGCAGCUGAGCAGCAGGAACAGCAGCACGAGGAUGAAGAACAAGAAGAAGCUUCUCUUGCUGCUGCUGCUGCUGCUGCUGCUGCAUCUGAUGAUGAGAUGCCCCCCCACCUCCGUCAGGAGCUGCGAGGUGCAGCAGCAGCAGCAGCAGCAGCAGCACCAGCAGCAGCAGCUGAGCAGCAAGAACAGCAAGACGAUGAUGAAGAACAAGAAGAAACUUCUCUUGCUGCUGCUGCUGCUGCUGCUGCUGCUGCUGCUGCAUCUGAUGAUGAGAUGCCCCCCCACCUCCGUCGUUCUAUAGAUUGGGUUGUUGAGGUCGGCAGCAACCCAGCAGCUCGUGCUGCUGCUGCUGCUGCGCUGCAGCGGCGGGAGCAGCUGCAGCAGCAGCAGCAGCAGCUGCUGCUGCAGCAGCAGCAGAAGCAGCAGCAACAGAAGCAGAAACAAUGGAGGAGACAGAACGAGCAGCUGCAGCAGCAGCAGCAGCAGCAGCUGCUGCAGCAGCAGCAGAAGCAGCAGCAACAGAAGCAAAAACAAUGGAGGAGACAGAAGAGCUUCCCCUCGCGAGGCAGCAGCGCAGCAACUUGCUGCGGGUCCUCAGUUACAGCUGAGGAGACACAAGAGGAGACAGCAGCAGCAGCAGCAGCAGCAGCAGCAGCAGCAAAGGUUGCUGUUAGGGAGAGACAGCUGCUGCAGCAAUCCCCCCCUGAGCAUCUAUCUGUCUCCUUCAGCAGCAGGAGACAAACAGAAAGCAAAAGGAGACAGGAGACAAUAAAGACAGAGACAGAGAGAAGAAACAAUGCUGCUGCUGCAGCUGCUGCAGCAGCAAGAGUAUACAGCAGCAACUACAGCAGCAACUGCAGCAGCAACUGCAGCAACAGCAGCAGCAACAGCAGUGAUGCUGAGGCUUCAGAUAGCAACAGCAGCACGAACAGCAGCAACAGCAGCAGCAGCAGCAGCAGCAGCAGAUACAUCAGCAACAGAAUAAAGGCAGAACAAAGAUUAAAAGCAGCAGCAGCAGCAGCAGCAAGAAGGAGACAGUUGCUGCUGCUGAGGAGACGAAAUGCAGCAGCAAAAAGAGAACAACUCUGCUAUGGAGAAAUAAACCUAGAUGUCGCUAUUUAA